AAUUUCCGAGCAGCAGUGUUCAUCAGGACAGACGAGGCAGAGUGAGUGUAGAAAGAAGGAACGGAACUUUUUCCCCCCUUUUUUUUCCCUCUCUUGACUUGGAAACCAUCGAAAAAGUUAUCAUCUAGAAAUAGUUUCUCCAACUGUCGCCAUGCUCCCCGCGCAGGAAGCGGCUAAGAUCUACCACACCAACUACGUGCGUAACGCACGCGCCGUGGGUGUCCUGUGGACCAUCUUUACCAUCUGCUUCGCCAUCUUGGUGAUGGUGGUGUUCAUACAGCCCUACUGGAUCGGUGACAGCGUCAACACGCCGCAGGCGGGCUACUUUGGCCUGUUCCACUACUGUAUCGGGAACGCGCUCACCGGCGAGCUCAUCUGCAAAGGGAGCGCGCUGGACUUCGGCUCCAUCCCGUCCGGGGCCUUCAAGACAGCCAUGUUCUUCGUUGGCAUCUCCAUGCUGCUGGUUGUGGGCAGCAUUGUUUGCUUCAGCCUCUUCUUCUUCUGUAAUGCCGGCAGCGUCUACAAGAUCUGCGCAUGGAUGCAGUUGGCCUCCUCCACUUGCAUGGUGAUAGGCUGUAUGAUCUACCCUGACGGCUGGGACAGUGAGGAGGUGAAGAGGAUGUGUGGACAGAGAACAGAUAAGUACACCCUGGGUAACUGCACGGUGCGCUGGGCCUACAUCCUGGCUAUCAUCAGCAUCAUGGACUCCCUCAUCCUCUCCUUCUUAGCUUUCUCCCUGGGAAACAGACAGGACCAACUACUGCCUGACAACUUUCAGGUGGACGGGAAAGAAAAAGACAAAGGUAUUGAGGGAGAAGAGGAAAGGGGUGAGAGGUAGGGGAGUGGGAUGGAGGUACAUGGAAAAGUUGAAUUAUAGAAUUAUAAAAUGUUACCUCAACUCGUCCAUCUCCAGACGUCCUAUUAAAAAAAACUGGAAAUCAAAACAGUGGUGGAGAGAGAGACAAAAGAGAGAGACAAAAGAGGAAGUCUAUAACAUAAUUUCUAGCAGUGGUGUUGAUGUGUGUGAGCAGACUGUUCCCUCCAAGACAAGGCGUUCCUCCAAAGAAUGUUCCUCAAACAUUAGUCUCUGACUGUUGUCCUUGUCCUCAUCCAAAUCAUUAGUGCUGGAAUCAGAUCACCCAGAGAGUUUAUAUCAUUUCACAGAGGGCAUAAUGAGAAACUGAGACCAUUUCAAAACGCACCAUUAUUAAAAAUACAUUUAGGCAACCUCUCGAAACACUAUAAACACACACAUAUAAACACUAUUCUUCAGUUAGUGAGAGGAAUUCAUUGGGAGAGCAGAGAACUUGUGUAGAUCUUCAAUAAGUGGUGUUGUGACACCACUUUACAGGUCUUGCAUGUACUGUUUAGAAACGCAGAGGAAGUCUAGUGUAACCAACACAGUGUUUAGCCACGAUGUAAUACAGCAAUUACUGUUAUGGUUCAUCGCUGCCCUUUAAGAUCUCAUUAGGAAGUUUCAAACAUCCCAACCCACUUAACCACAACUUUCCUCUUUCCUCUCUAAGGAAUAUUAUGAAACUCUUAGUCACGUCCUUUCUUCAGCGCAAUAUAAUAAGUACAUAAAAAAAUGUCACCAUUUUGUAAUACUUUACUUCGAAAUAUCUGGGUAUCUUUUAUAGGAAUAGGUAAUACCUUUCAUUAAAUAGCCAAAAACGAAUUAUUCAGUCGACAUCCCUUCCAUCUCUACUGAGUUAGGUAUAUCGGCUUUUAGUUUUUUUGCACCUUACUUGUGGAAUGAUCUCCAAAGCUGUCUAAAAAUGGAUGAAUUGGUGCCUCUGGGGAAAUUCAGAAGGCUGAUAGAGGACCUUUUGACUGAAGAAUGUGUUGUUUUCUAUGUGUUUUUCUUUUUGUGUACUGAUGUGAAUGUUGAUGUGUAUACAGGGCUAAUAUGUGAAAGAGACAUUGGUCUCAGUGUGACUUAAAUAACCCCUUAUACCAGUAUGCAUUAACAACUGUAACAACCACAUGUACCACUCCUAGGGAUGUGCAUUUUUUGCCUUUCAAGACGAUUCGAUACGUAUCUAGAUACAUGGGCUCCGAUACGAUACGUUUUAGUUUGAAAUGAGUUGGUGCGAUUCGGUUCGAUGCACUAACAUUUGUUGUUUAAACACAUUUAUUUUCCAUUCCAAAUUAAAAUCUGGUGCUGAUGGAUAUCAUGAGCUGGAUCUGUCUGAGUUGACUGUGUGUGUGUGUGUGCGUAUAAAUGAUGUACUGUAAGGUGUGUGUGUUUGUGUAAAUGAUGUACUGUAGGGUGGGUGUGCGUAAAUGAUGUACUUUAAGGUGUGUGUGUGCAAAUAAUGUAUGUCUACUGUGUAGGGACCUGAUCUGAGCCAUAAGGGAGACUAGGUAUCUGCCACCCCACCCCACAUCAGAUUAAGGGGAAGGUAGUGUAGCUUUGGAGGUAGCGUACACUUUGGUUCUCACCCACUAAUUAAUUUACCAUUUUUGCAGAUUAACUGUUUGCGCUAGAAAUGUAUGAAUAUUUAUAAUUUACAAAUGAGAUAUGACAUAGCCAAUGGAUUUCACCCGUCUCGAAAUCAAAUGGUUUUGACCGAUUGGAAGUUUAGUGAGCUUAUUUUUACCUCCCUCUUUGGCGAUGCAGUAAUCCUCGCAAAAUUUGGAAACGAUUCGGUUGGAUUACAAUUUGAUGCACUAAACAUUAGCUGAAUAAACAUUAUUUUCCAUUCUAAAUUCAAAUAUGCUGCUGAUGGCUCUGAGCUGGAUCUGUCUGAGCUGACUUCUCUGUGUGUGUGUAAAUUAUGUCUAUGGUGUACUAUUUGAGAAGGACCGGUCACACAAAUUUCCUAGGUGGCAAAAGGUUGCAACGCAUGCAACCUCAAACUGUUCACAACCGUUGUUUACAGGUAAAUUCCCACAAGUCAGCAAAAGAGAGGAUCGUAGACUUCAGGAAACAGCAGAGGGAGCACCCCCCACUCCACGGGACCGCAGUGGAGAAGGUGGAAAGCUUUAAGUUCCUCGACGUACACAUCCCUGACAAACUGAAAUGGUCUACCCACACAGACACUGUCGUGAAGAAAGCGCAACAGCGCCUCUUCAACCUCAGGAGGCUGACGAAAUUUGGCUUGACACUUAAAACCGUCACAAACUUUUACGGAUGCACAAUUGAGAGCUUCCUGUCGGGCUGUAUCACCACCUGGUACGGCAAGUGCACCGCCCACAACCGCAGGGCUCUCCAGAGGGUGGUGUGGUCUGCACAAUGCAUCACCGGGGGCAAACUACCUACCCUCCAGGACACCGACAGCACCCGAUGUCACCCGAAGGCCAAAAAGAUCAUCAAGGACAACAACCAACCAAGCCACUGCCUGUUCAUCCCACUACCAUCCAGAAGGUGAGGUCAGUACAGGUGCAUCAAAGCUGGGACAGAGAGACUGAAAAGCAGCUUCUAUCUCAAGGCCAUCAGACUGCUAAACAGCCAUCACUAGCACAUUAGAGGCUGCUGCCUACAUACAUAGACUUCAAAUCACUGGCCACUUUAAUAAAUGGCACACUAGUCACUUUAAUAAUGUUUAAAUAUCUGGCAUUACUCAUCUCAUAUGUAUAUACUGUAUUCUAUUCUACUGUAUCUUAGUCUAUGCUGCUGUGACAUUGCUCGUCCAUAUAUUUAUAUAUUCUUAAUUCCAUUCCUUUACUUAGAUGUGUGUAUUGGGUACAUGUUGUGAAAUUGUUAGAUAUUACUGCACUGUCGGAGAUAUAAACACAAGUAUUUUGCUACACCUGCAAUAUCUGCUGAACACGUGUAUGGGACCAAUAAAAUUUGAUUUGGGAAGUCUACACAUUUUGCACAGUAACUAACUACUGACAUUUACAAAGUAACCUACCCAACCCUGAUAAACGGAGACGCAUUUUCAAAGCGCAAGAUCGGUUACAGAAAUAAACUGUUUUACACCUGCAUUUGGAGUUGAAAGUCAUUCAUGGAUAUACACUAGGGAUAUAACUAUAUAAUAUAAUAUAACUAGGGAUAUACACUCACCGGCCAGUUUAUUAGGUACACCACCUGGUUCACGAAUGGAUCUCUCCUACAGACAGUGAGUCACGUAGCCGUGAAUUGCUAUAUAAAGCAGGCAGACUGGCAUCAAGGCAUUCAGUUACUGUUCGAUUGAAUGUUAGAAUGGGCAAAAUGAGUGACCUAAGCGACUUUGAGCAUUGUAUCAUUGUUGGUGCCAGGCGUGCCGGAUCCAGUAUCUCAGAAAUGGCUGCCCUCACAGAUUUUCACGCAAGACAGUGUCUUGGUGCGACAAACAAGAAAACACCCAGUCGGCAGCAGUCCUGUGGGUGAAAAAAGCUUGUUGAUAGGAGAGGACGAAUGAGAUUGGAGAGAAUUGUACAAGCUAACAGCAAGUUGCUAGAGAGGGUGCUGAGAUGUUGGCCGGGGUACGGGUAGCCAGGUGGAAAGCAUGGCCAGCCAUGGAAAAAUGCUUAUUGAAAUGAUCGAUUAUCGUAGAUUUAUCGGUGGUGACAGCGUUUCCUAUCCUCAGCUGGGAGGAGGUGCUCUUAUUCUCCAUGGACUUUACAGUGUCCCAAAACGUUUUGGAAUUAGUGCUACAGGAAGCACAUUUCUGUUAGGAAAGCUAAGGCUAGCUUUUUCAAUCUGACUGAGUAUAUUGGUUCCUGACUUCCCUGAAAAGUUGCAUGUCACGGGGGCUAUUCAAUGCUAAUGCAGAACGCCACAGGAUGUUUAUGUGCUGGUCAAGGGCAGUCAAGUCUGGGGUGAACCAAGGGCUAUAUCUGUUCUUAGUUCUACAUUUUUUGAAUGGGGCAUGCUUAUUUAAGAUGGAGAGGAAAGCAUUUUUGUGGAGCAACCAGGCAUCCUCUACUGACGGGAUGAGGUCAACAACCUUUCAGGAUACCCAGGCCUGGUCGAUUAGAAAGGCCUGCUCGCUGAAGUGUUUUAGGGAGCGUUUGACAGUGAUGAGGGGUGGUCGUUUGACCGCAGACCCAUUACGCAUGCCGACAAUGAGGCAGUGAUCGCUGAGAUCCUGGUUGAAGACAGCAGAGGUGUAUUUAGAGAGCAAGUUGGUCAGGAUGAUAUCUAUGAGGGUGCCCAUGGUUACGGAUUUAGGGUUGUACCUGUUAGGUUGCUCGAUCAUUUUUGUAAGACUGAGGGCAUCUAGCUUAGAAUGUAGGACGGCCGGGGUGUUAAGCAUGUCCCAGUUUGUCACCUAAAAGAACUCUGAAGAUAGAUGUGGGGCGAUCAAUUCACAUAUGAUGUCCAGGGCACAGCUGGGGGCUGAAGGGGGUCUAUAACAAGCGGCAACGGUGAGAGACUUGUUUCUGGAAAGGUGGGUUUUUAGAAGUAGAAGCUCGAAUUGUUUGGGCACAGACCUGGAUAGUAUGACAGAACUCUGCAGGCUAUCUCUGCAGUAAAUUGCAACUCCGCCCCCUUUGGCAGUUCUAUCUUGUCGGAAAAUGUUAUGGUUAGGGAUGGACAUUUCUGGAUUUUUGGUGACCUUCCUAAGCCAGGAUUCAACAUCCUUGUGGAACGUUUCCGAUAACUUGUAGAAUGUCCCAAAUAAUUAAGGCUGUUCUGGAGGCAAUGGGGGUAGUACCUGGUACUAGAUGGGUGUACCUAAUAAACUGUGUAUCACGUCACUUCACUGGAGUCAAGAUAAAGCAAAAUCCUACGGCCUACUUGUAGAGGCAGUUGCCAGAUCGGAUGGAAAGUAUGCUCUGUCUGCAGUGUACCAUCACUUUGGAGGGCAGCCUGCCUGCAGUGUGCUCAUUGCCAGCCGGGUAGCCCUGUUCUUCCUCACAAAUAUUGUAAUAAAAUUGGCCAGAAUGUUACAUCUUCAUCCCAUAAUAUUGAAGGCAGUGAGAUGUUACAGCUGCUUAAGACAUAGCUAGUAGCCACCGAAACUAGGCCAAUUUGAAAUACACUGCUCAAAAACAUAAAGGGAACACUUAAACACAAUGUAACAAAGUCAAUCACACUUCUGUGAAAUCAAACUGUCCACUUAGGAAGCAACACUGAUUGACAAUACAUUUCACAUGCUGUUGUGCAAAUGGAAUAGAUAAAAGGUGGAAAUUAUAGGCAAUUAGCAAGACACCCCCAAUAAAGGAGUGGUUCUGCAGGUGGUGACCACAGACCACUUCUCAGUUCCUAUGCUUCCUGGCUGAUGUUUUGGUCACUUUUGAAUGCUGGCGGUGCUUUCACUCUAGUGGUAGCAUGAGACGGAGUCUACAACCCACACAAGUGGCUCAGGUAGUGCAGCUCAUCCAGGAAGGCACAUCAAUGCGAGCUGUGGCAAGAAGGUUUGCUGUGUCUGUCAGCGUAGUGUCCAGAGCAUGGAGGCGCUACCAGGAGACAGGCCAGUACAUCAGGAGACGUGCAGGAGGCCGUAGGAGGGCAACAACCCAGCAGCAGGACCGCUACCUCCGCCUUUGUGGAAGGAGGAGCACUGCCAGAGCCCUGCAAAAUGACCUCCAGCAGGCCAUCAAACUCAGAGAACUGGAAGGAAAUACAGCCAAAGGAGGUGUUGGCUUUGGGGAUGACCAGUGAAAUAUACCUGCUGGAGCACGUGCUACGGGUGGUGAACUGUGAGCUGAGAUAACGCGGGGCUUUGCCUAGCAAAGACUUAUAGAUGACCUGGAGCCAGUGGGUUUGGCAACAAAUGAAGCGAGGGCCAGCCAAUGAGAGCAUACAGGUUGCAGUGGUGGGUAGUAUAUGGGGCUUUGGUGACAAAAAAGAUGGCACUGUGAUAGACUGCAUCUAAUUUGCUGAGUAGAAUGUUGGAGGCUAUUUUGUAAAUGACAUUGCCGAAGUCAAGGAUCGGUAGGAUAGUCAGUUUUACGAGGGUAUGUUUGGUGGCAUGAGUGAAUGAGGCUUUGUUGCGAAAUAGGAAGCCGAUUCUAGAUUUUUGAUUGGAGAUUCUUAAUGUGAGUCUGGAAGGAGAGUUUACAGUUGGACCAGACACCUAGGUAUUUGGAGUUGUCCACAUAUUCUAAGUCAGAACCGUCCAGAGUAGUGAUGCUAGACGGGCGGGCGGGUGCGGGCAGCGACCGGUUGAAGAGCAUGCAUUUAGUUUGGAUAAGUAGGAGUGACGCCAUCUGUCGGAAAAGAAUGCUCCCAUAGUACAACAAGAGUCUUACCUCUUUCUCUCUCUGUUUCAGAGGAAGCCUGAGCUCAUUAUCAACCACAGAAGACAGACGUACUACAUACAACAUGACAGAAGGACCUGUGAGGUGGUGGUGUGGAAAAAAAGCCCAGCUAGUUAAAAGGCAAUAUCAACUCCACUUUAGUGCAUCACUUUACAAUAACACAUGCACCUGGUAGAACACUGAUAAGUGAUAAUAAAUGUUCCAUAUUAAUAUAUCCUGACCGUGCUUUACUGGAAUAUAGAAUAUAC